GUUUAUUGAUCAGUAAAUAUGAGGACAGGAUUUUUCGUACAUUGUGUUUUAAUGUCGUGGACGGUUUUAUAUUGUCAUUCAAGUUCAGUUACGACCGCGUAUACCAUCUCGGGAAACGGCACGGGAACUGACGGGGCUUCGGUGCCUCGGGGUGACAACUUGAAACUGACGUGUACCUCACCAAGUCAUGAUAUUCUAUUUGUAGACUGGUAUAACAAAACACGUGGCAAUAGUAACUACCAAUUCUCACCUUUAGUAUCAAUGCGAAUGAAUUCAAAAGGAAUAUGCGACUUUGACAAAACUUACACAAUGCCUGCCAACAUGAAGUGUGACUGUGUUAACAUUUCAAUGUACACGUGUACUCUUAUCAGUGUUCAGGCGGACAUCAAUGGCGACAUGUGGAAGUGUAGAUUUACAUACGGCACUUUUUCUUAUACUAAUAUUCUGACUGUUGAUGUGACAGUUGGCAUAACGUCGACAGUAAUUUCCUCUCCGAUUGUCAACCCCGUGUCCGUCAUAGCAAACACAACAGGAACAUUCCAGUGUGAGACUUCACCUGGAAACCCUGUAGCCACCGUCGUCUGGUACAAAGAAAACACAACCUCUACUACCGGAAACUACACACAAAUAACUUCGGGUACUAAUACGUCAUCAACACCGGACGGGGAUCUGAUCGUGACGCACGGAACCCUCACUCUACAGGUCCAGAGAGAUGACCAGGACCUGGGCGUGUAUUGUCGUGCAAGAAACAAGGAACAGUGGUUCACUUCUGGAACAAAGAAGAUCAAUAUUCUAUACGGACCGGACCGUCUUGAGUGCACAUCGAACAACGUCAACGUUUCCCCAUCGUUGAGGGUUGUUGUUGGCAGCACGUUCUCAAUCUCCUGUACAGCUGAUAGUAAACCGCCGCCGAGCACAUUUAUACUAUCUGGACCAGGGGGUUAUAACCUGCCGAUGAGCUUUACCGGCAUAACUAGGACACAGGCUGGAUCGUACAGCGUUGAGGCCAUGAACAGUAUGUACGCAACUGGUAAUGGUAAACCGAUAGUUGGCCGAAACUCGACGUUCUUCACCAUCGAUGUAUUGUACCCACCUUCUGUGCCAACAUUACGUGUAAAUGGUACGGCAGUUCAAGGCACGGUGAAUAUCAUCAAAGGCAAUAGCAAGGUGUUCAACUGCAGCACUGACAGCAACCCGGCGAGCAGCUACAGCUGGACGUACCCACGUGGGUCUAGUGGUAUCAGUACAUUGCGAGUAGCGAACUUUUUGCAUAGCACAGACGACGGGGACUACACGUGCACCGUGCAAAACAGAAUGAUAUCUUCUUUCGGCAGUUUUCAGAACGGGGUGAAUAUGACAACUAUCACGGUAAAAGUCAUGUAUGGCCCGAAAAUGAGGACUUUGCGAGACGUCAGUACAGUUCGAGGGGAAAAAUUUGAAUAUCCAUGUUUGUAUGAACCUGGAAAUCCCCCCUCUGUGUCAUUCGAGUGGACAAGAUCCGCAACCAUCGCACCCUGGACGAAACAGAAUACACAUAACUUGAUUAUUCCAAACGUACAGCGCAGUGAUGAGGCCAGUUACACGUGCAAUGUGUCGAGUGUUCUUCGGCCAACAUUGAGAUCAACGACGACAGUGAAAUACGACACUGCAACAUUUCAUCUAGACGUCCAAUAUGGAGCAGAGCAUUUAAAGUUACUACUCAACGACGUUUCGAACACAUCAGUAGUAAUUGAGGAGCUUUCAACAAACAAACUGCAAUGCUUUCUAGAAAGUAACCCCGCUUCGCAUAUGUUCAUUGUUAAGGAUGGCAAGACAAUACUAAAAAGACCUGUUGUACAUCAACUUAUACAUAGAAUGACGGCUGAAUGUUCUGACACGGGAGUUUAUACAUGCUCAGGAUACAACCAUUAUGGGACGGCUGAUAACGCUUCGCUCCGUUUGUUUGUCAAAUGCUCAGCAAGGCAACCUCCUAGAGUUGAUGUGAAACUUAAUUACAACGCCCGUGAACAUGACAAUGUGACACUGUCGUAUACAAUAGUUGCCUUCCCAGUACCAGAACCUUCGCAGUUUGCUUGGGAGAGGUGCACCAACGAAAGCAAGGGUUCUUGUAACAACUCGUUGGAUGGAAUGCAUAAAUUUGAUGUUAUGACUAAAGGCCUUUCCAGCUUUUUAACAAUAAGGGACGUUAAAAUAGAGGACUACGGAAUGUACAAAUUUUCAGUCUUUAACGGCAUUGGUUCACGAUUAAUCGAGUGGUUGCACCUUAAACCUAUAGAAAAACCGGACCCGCCUACUGAUUUCCAUGUAAUCCAAGAGGAAAUUAGUGAAAGGAGUGCUGUGUUAACCUGGGUUCCUGGGUUUGACAACGGCUCACCACAAACUUUUUACAUCACCUAUGCAAAGAAGGGCGAUUCUUCAGAAUUGAUCACACAAUCUAUAGAAUUCAAAUGUCAAAAAGAGAUGAAUUACACGUUAAGAAAUUUAGAAUCCAAAACAGAAUAUAUUGCUUCAAUUUACGCCUCCAACGGAGAAGGUUUUUCUCCAACAAUAAACGAAACGUUCAUAACAUUGAAGCAUAUACCUGGCAAAAAGGCAGAUUCCCCGGUUGCAUUUAUCGUAGGUUCCGUCGGUGGUGGAAUUGCAACAGUUUUAGUAAUUAUUGGAGUGAUCUUCAUUGUGAAAAGGCUCAGAACAUCAGGUAACUCCAGACACAGAUACAAAUUAAAAAAGGGCCAAAUGAACCAAUAUUCCAGUCAACAGCAGGACGAUGAUGCUUAUCAAAAUGGACAAUCCGUAUCUGGAACAAACAGCACCGGAUGUAUAGCAGCCCAGACGUACGAGGAGUUAUCCAAGACAACAGAUACAUCGUUUUACGAUGCUCUUAAAGCAGGAGACAAUGGAUCUGGUACAGACAGCUCCAGCUGUAAAGCAGCCCAGACGUACGUGGAAUCGUCAAUGAAAACAGAUACAUCGGUUUAUGAUGCUCUGAAAAAAGGAGAAAAUGGGUAA